AACUGUCAAACCAAAAGGUCUGGCAUCGCAUCUCUAGAUCUUGACGCAUUCCAUGUGUGCAAUUCCACCUGUUGUGCUGGUCCGCUGCGGUAAAUAAACAGUUAUCCUGAAAAAAGGACGAAAACAACAUGCUGCACAAACUGCAAACCGCGGCAACAUGUUCCCGACGAUUUGCCUCCGCUUGCUCCAGCGCUGGUCCCAAGGUGGCACACCGCCAGAUAAAUAAACUGUUGAUAGCCAAUCGUGGCGAAAUUGCGUGCCGUGUGAUGCGAACAGCGAACCGGCUCGGCAUUCGGACGGUUGCCGUUUUCUCCGAAGCGGACGAAAAAUCGCUACAUGUAAAGCAAGCAAACGAAGCGUAUAACAUUGGUGGAGCCGCAUCACAGCAAUCCUACCUCCGGGGAGACAAGAUACUAGCGGUUGCCAAAAGAGCGGGCUGCCAGGCAAUUCAUCCCGGGUAUGGCUUCCUGUCGGAAAAUGUGGAAUUCGCGGAACUGUGCCAACAGGAAGGUGUCACGUUUAUCGGUCCACCGGCAAGUGCCAUCCGGGACAUGGGUAUUAAGAGCACAUCCAAGCAUAUCAUGUCCGCCGCCGGAGUUCCGAUCAUCAACGGAUACCAUGGCGAAGAUCAAUCGGACGAGCGGCUGUUGAAAGAAGCACAACAGAUAGGAUUUCCCCUGAUGAUCAAGGCUGUCCGUGGCGGUGGAGGCAAGGGAAUGCGCAUUGCUGAAACCGAAGCUGACUUUAUGCCCAUGCUGAAGUCCGCUCGGACAGAAUCGGAAAAGGCUUUCGGUGAUAAGGCAAUGCUGCUGGAACGCUACGUCCGUUCGCCAAGACACGUGGAGGUGCAGGUAUUUGCUGACCAUUACGGCAACGCGGUGUACCUGUACGAACGUGAUUGUUCGGUGCAACGACGACAUCAGAAGAUCAUCGAAGAAGCACCCGCCCCGGGUUUGUCGGAAGAACUACGCAAACAGCUCGGCGAGGCAGCGGUUCGUGCCGCCAAGGCGGUGAACUACGUCGGUGCCGGCACGGUGGAAUUCAUCCUGGACAAAGAAGAUCUGUCCUUUCACUUCAUGGAAAUGAACACUCGGCUGCAAGUUGAGCAUCCCAUCACGGAAAUGAUUACUGGUACGGAUCUGGUAGAAUGGCAGAUAAAGGUCGCAGCGGGAGAGCGUCUUCCGGUAACGCAGGAAGAUAUCGUCAAGCGCGGUCACGCUUUUGAGGCUCGCAUCUACGCCGAGGAUCCGGCUGGAGGCUUUCUGCCAGGUGCAGGUCCUUUAGACUAUCUUUCGACCCCAGAACCGUCUAGUACGACACGUGUCGAGACCGGCGUACGUCAGGGGGACGAGGUGUCGAUCCAUUACGAUCCGAUGAUUGCGAAGCUAGUUGUCUGGGGCGAAAAUCGUGCCAGCAGCUUGCAGCUGCUGAUCGAACAGUUGACCAACUAUCAGAUAGCUGGCCUGCAGACCAACAUCAACUUUCUGAUCGAUCUUGCUCGCCAUGAACACUUCCAGGCCGCUGACGUGCAUACGGGAUUUAUCGAGCAGCACAUGGGUACGCUUUUCCCGAAGAAAGUCGUACCUUCGGAGAAGGUAAUUCAGAUGGCUGUUGCCCAAACGCUAAACGAACGCGUUCAAUCGGGCGCCAGUUUGGGAGCGAAAACCUGUACCCCGUUCGAUGGUGAAUAUGGCUUCCGACCGAACUAUAGUGUGGCACGUCCGAUUAAAAUAAAAAUCGGCGAUGUAGAGCAUACGGUAGAGGUGGUAUCGACUAGCGCUGACAGCAGCUACAUGGUGCGGGUCGAUGCGGGCGAAUGGCAGAAGGUAACGGUACGCCGAAAACCGCACGCCAAUCGUUUUCUGCUGGAAACCAACAUCGAGGGACACGUUUCGUGUUUCAACGCCGUCAUUUCAGGUGAAAGUAUCGCGCUAUUCGAUGAGAAUGGUAUGGUUGGCGGAGAAAUCGUUCAGCCACGCUUUCUCGUUACCGAAAGUUCGAUGGGCGGUGUCGACGCAUCCAGCGUGACUGCCCCAAUGCCCGGCGUGCUCGAUAAGCUGCUGGUAAAGCCCGGGGAUACGGUGAAAGCGGGCACACCGGUUGCGGUGCUGAUUGCCAUGAAAAUGGAGCACGUUCUGAAAGCUGCCAAGGAUGGCGUUGUGAAGGCGAUCCCGAACGCCGAGGGUAGCAACGUACGCAAAGGUGCCAUCCUGAUUUCGUUCGAAUGAUAAUGGGAAAAGACAGCCUGCAUUUAACUACUGCAACGAUACUGCAUUUAAUCUGUUCUGAGCAGUCUGACACAAAGUGCAUUUAUUAGCGAGUAAGCAGUUUUGUAGAUGAUCCGUUUUAGAUACAUCGUUUUUAACGAUGUCGUAGAAUUACGCACAAUCUGCCAAUAGCGUCUAACGCCACAGGAGCAAAAACUUUACCACACCACAACAAAUCGAAGAUAUUGCCCCAAGUCAAUAACGGUAUUUGAAAUGGGCAAGUUCAAAUUAGGAGAAAAAAUCGGCAAGUUCCACAGCAAGGCAGCGUUUAUUGACGCAUUGUCGUUAGUACGACAAUUGAUUAUGAAUCAAAAUUUAAGCUCAACACUUUCCAAGGGAUUGAGAAGCCUUUCGAUAUGCACGAAGUGUAUAGGAUACAAGCGUAACACAUUCCAAAUGAUAUGAUCAAUAAAACAGUUGUGCCAAAACAUACAGUAGACUGUAUACAAACGAUA